AUGGCUAUAUCAACGCGAUCUCAGACCAACAGCCCGGUCAAAAAGACCACCACAGCGAAACCACCGCCAGCCGACACCAAAUCAUCCUCCCUCAAACACUUUAUCCUCCCCACGGCACUUUCUGAUAAAGCCAGGUUCCUGGUCCUAAACCAUCCACAAUCUUCUACACCCGAGCGGUUUCUGUUUUGCCCGGAGCGGGGCCUCUUUCAGUUCACCAAAGUCACCUCGCAAGACCCUCACAGCAUUCUCCUCGCGGGCGCAGACGCUCAUACAAGUGAUGAAGCAGAUGCUCUAAGCAAAGGACAUAUCAGCAAAGCUGCUGAACUAUUUGUCGCGGCACCUUUCGACCUAGCCUUCAUUCUCCUCGCCCUCCUUCGGCCAUCUUCUCUCAAAUCAAACCAAACCCUAUUCCACCCGCUGGAUGAUAUACUGGAGCAACACAUUCAGGAAAACAGACAUUUGCGGUAUAUCUUCAAUCAUGGACGGCCGCUCCUGGAAUCCGCAAUGGCCAAAUUCUGCGACUCAAUCGAUGCAGGGGACGAACAAAUGUUUCGGCCCAGUGAUGACAAAACAAUACAGAUGUUGAUGCAAAAGGUGGACUCUGUGAUUAAACAAGGCUUACCUGCCAGUCUCGAGGACAAGUUUGUGAAAAGGAAACUGGACAUUCCUUUGUUGAGUGUCAAGAGGGAAGAUACGACAUUGUCUUCGAGAUCGGACGACCAAGUCGUGGAAGACUCUAGUCCUGCCGUCGAAAACGCCGAUUCACAAUCGUCAACAGCCAGUACCGCACCAUCUACAGUCUUCUCCGAAGUGUCCGUCACUGCUACUACUUCUUCAACUUCCUCAGACCCCUCAGACGACAUCCCCGAAAAACUCUACCAUUCCCAAAAACAAAACGUCGUCCUCGACUUUAUACUAGUCUCCUACUUCUCGGACACUGUCGCAGAGCAUUUGAAAAGCCGCAUGCGAGCCACAAAUUCAGCCAUCGAUUUCACAUCUCUCGACGAACAUCUAAAACGGAUCGCCAGCAUGAAACUGGAAGCAGCUUCAGCGAGGUCCAUCGGAGACUUCAGCCGUAAACGUGGGCUGGACGACGAUGAGGCCGCAGAGCUACGGGAAGAAAAGAGGCGAAAACAAGAAGAAGAUGAAAAGAAGAAGAAAGCUGGCGAGUCUCGAGGAGUAAGGGACUUGAAAAAGGUUAAUGUGACGGGUAUGAAGAAGAUGAGCGACUUUUUUGCAAAGAAGCCGGUUGGGAAGGUGAAGGGAUGACAGACAAUGUAUGAUGAUAUUUAUGG